AAAACAAUUUUCAACUCACCUGAUUCUAGGAUCUGUUUCUGUUAUUUAGGUUAACCAAAGUCUUUCUACAUCUAAGGCACCUCUAUAAAUCCUUAGUACAUAAAUACUAGUGGAUUACUUUGUUCUUAGGCUAGCUAUGUUAGUAGGAUGUAUUUUUUUUCAAGGUUUGAAAUGUGAACAACUUUAAAUUGCUUCUAGAAAGCAUUUGUGUUGCUUGUGAGAAUUCUCCAGCUCAUUCUUCAACUCAGUCAUUCACAUGCAUGGAAAGAAUGGUGAGUUCCUUUCUCUCUCCGUAUCUUGUGGGAGAGCAAGGAUGGUAACACUUGACAAAGAACAGAAAGGUCAUCUGAAGUUACCAGAUUAGGGGCAAUAAGAAACCAGAUGAGGUUUAACAAAAGCAAGUGUAGAAUCUUGCACUUGGCAAGUAUCAGAACUUAUUCACAGUGAUGGUGAUGAAACAGUUCUGAAAGUAGGAGAGGAGUAAAAAGUAUGGUGACAAAAAAAAAUCAGUGAAGUAGUUCCUCCGCUUCAAACUUUCUCUGAUUAAGGAGCAUGAGGAUGUCACAUUUCUGUUCUGUGCUCUAAUGAAUAAAGAAACAUGGUCAGCAGGUUGUGGUAGGUGAUUCUCCACUCAUAGGGAAAGGUGCACGUAUGUGCAUUUGUCCAGAAGUUGUCUCAGAGCCGGUUAUCUCUCUUUGUCUUCGUGCCCCUUCAGGAAGGAAUACGUUCCGUUUACUUCGGCAUCGUCGUGCAAGCAACCCAGGAAAGACGAGAUGAUGACCUCUUUGCUUGCUCUCCUCAUUCCUGCCCGACUGCCAUCUCCUGUUCACUCCCUUCACGCACAAGCUCUGCAUCCUCGACCUCUUCCAGGUCCCGUUCCGUAACACCGCCUGCAGCCCGCCACGCCCGGCCUUUCCUUCAAGGGCCCCGACAGCUGUGAACCCCCAUUGCCCCCGCCCCUUCUCCCUCCCUUUUUCGCUUGUUCCCUCGUGAAAUUACAUCUCCUCUGAAGGAAAACACACUGAGUCGGGUGGCCCUGGGCAGUCACUCAGCUCCUGGUUUGGUUGUCCCGGUGCCCCGCUACAGCACGGCACUGCUGCGGUGACGCCGCCGGGCGCCCCGCAAGCUCUGCAGAGCUUUGUGUCUGCACUAUGGGAGCGAACCGGGCUCCGGCGGCCGUGGGGGCAGGCCGAUGCGGGGGUUGGGCUUAAGGGCGGCUAGGGGGAGGCUUUGUGUGCGCUUCGAGUGGACGAGCAGGCGGUGGCAGCAGGGAGAGAAGGUCUGUUCGGAUUACUGCAGCCGUUGGCUCCCGAGUUUCCCCCCGCGUCUAUUCGGCCGCACCGCAGAAUCUGCGGGCCGUGAACACCAUGGCCAGCGAGAUCGACAACCUGAACAGCCACGAAGCAAAGACGGUAUGCGAGGCGUUGGGGCGCUAUGAAGACACGCUGCGGGGCGCUGUCCGGGAGAUCCACGUGGACAUUCAGGUGUUCAAGCAAGGCGUGAACCGGCAGGUGGAUGAGGUGCUGCGCCUCGCUAGCCCCCUGGCUCGCACCGUCUCGGAGCUGCAGCAGGAGAACCAGCGCCUACGGGUGCAGCUGGAGCGUCUUUCUCGGCAGGUGGAGGCCCUUAGCCGGUCGGCGGGGCUGCCGCAAGAGUGGCAGGACGAGGCAGAGAGGAGCCCUCCAGCUGUAGGACCCAGCUCUCCAGUGCCGGCUUUUUCUGCAGACAAGUUCUCCACCCUUGCGAAGCUAGCAGUGUCUGGUCGGAGCCAAAGUGUAGACCUGGAUGACCACCACAAACCUGAGUUUAGAAGAGUUUUUAGUUCUUCCAUCAUUGAAAAUGGGCAUCAGUCUUCAUCAGGUCAGGCAAAAGCCUCCCAUGAGCUGACCUCUUUUUACAUGUCAGACUCUUCCCCUGAGGCCCAUGCUCCUGCAAUGACCUUACAGAUGCCCCACCUUCCCGUUACUGCAGUAACCAGAAUAUCAGAGAAGUUUUCAGGAGAAACCGUCCAUUCAGCAGGAACAACUAGUGCAUCCACUGGCCUGCUUGGACAAAACCAGAGCAAAAAUGAGAUGGCAUUGAAAACUUCCAACCAGUCAGUGAAUGCCACAUCUGUCACUAAGCCUGUCUCUACUGCAAGCUAUGAGGCUAGUAGUGGAAAAAAAACUGGUGAAAGUGCAACUGACAGUUACUGUGGUGUGACACCCAAACCUCACUCCUCUCCUCCUACUAGACAUCGCCAAGUUGAAAGAAGGCGAGAACUGGUACGGUCUCAGACGCUUCCACGAACAACAGGAACACAGGCCAGGAAAGCACUUUUUGAGAAAUUCGAGCAAGACAGUGGAAAAGGAAAAGGACAAUCCAGACCAAAACUGAAGAGAUCGCAGAGUUUUGGGGUUGCCAGCGCUAGCAGCAUUAAACAAAUUUUGUUAGACUGGUGUCGCUCAAAAACCAUAGGAUACAAGCACGUUGAUCUCCAGAACUUCUCCUCAAGCUGGAAUGAUGGGAUGGCAUUCUGUGCUCUUGUACAUUCUUUCUUUCCUGAAACUUUUGAUUAUAAUAAGCUUGAUCCAGCUAACCGCAAACAAAACUUUGAGCUGGCUUUCACCAUGGCUGAGAAAAUGGCUCACUGUGAUCGUCUGAUAGAAGUGGAUGACAUGAUGAUGAUGGGCCACAAGCCAGAUCCCAUGUGUGUCUUCACCUAUGUCCAAUCUCUGUACAAUCAUCUACGACGCUUUGAAUAAAACCAUCACCACCCAUCCAAUCAGAAUGAUCAAGUAUAUUAUGCUAAUGGGAAGACUGACAUUUUGCAAAUAGAACACUGUUAGUUCUUGCAAGCAUGUGGACAGUAAAAAGCAUUCAAUUGUAUUUGCUGACUGAAGUGUUGCUGAGCAGUGCCUGUGUACUUUUGGUGCUAAUAGUAGGUUGAAUUUUUAAUAUUCUUUUGAAGGUUACAGGAAGAUAAAUCUCAACUCCUGUCUUGUUAGAAUCACAGAAUGGCUUGGGUUGGAAGGGACCUUAAAGAUUGUCUAGUUCUAAUCCCACCGCUGCAGGCAGGGUUGCCACUCACUAGAUCACGUUGCUCAAAGCUCCAUCCAGCCUGGCCUUGGAUACUUCUGGGAGUGGGGCAUCCACAGCUUAUCUGAGCAACCAAUUCCAGUACCUCACUGUGUUCAUGGUAAAUAAUUUCUGCCUAAUAUCUAAUCCAAAUCUUUACCCUCUUUUGGUAGGAUAAUUCCUUGUCUUGUUGCUACAUUACUGGGCUAGAGAGUUUUAUAUGCUGACAAGUAAUUCUGCUAUGAAGAUGUUCCCUCCUAAAAAUACAGCUAAAACUUUAGGAGGCAGCUACUUCACUUCCACUUCUUUGCUCAGCAUACCACAGAAGUAAUAGCAGACAGACAAGAAAAAUCCUGUUCAGCAAAUUUAGCAAUAUUACCCUUCCACCAUCCCACUUCAGCAAAUGUGUGCAUGCACAUGUGCACAUGUUAAAUAGGCACUAUUCUAAGCUCUGGAGAGCAAUGGUCCAGUGUGGACAGGAAUGAGGCCUUCACAGCGUGUUCAGUCCUCAUGUUCUCUCUAAUGUGGUCAGGCAGCGUUCCAAAAAAAGAAGUAUGAAAUAUGUGGGAACUCUAAAAUGCCUUGGGCUAGUAUCUGGUUUCAAUUAAAAUAAUGUUAAAUCAACAGUAUCUCCAUUAACUAGAGUGGGUUUACACCAGAAUUGCUAGACAAAAAGUUCAUGUUUUAUCUUCUCUGAUUUUCUGUUUGCUAAAUCAACAUAGCUUUGUUUUUCCAUUGAACACUGUAAACAAAAGCACUAAACAAGCAUGUUUUUUUUCCUAGGGCCUUUUAACUUAUUUCUAUUCUAAGAAUAGUCUAUAUAAAGUAAAAACUGCCAGCCACAAGCCUUCUACUCAUGCUAGAGAAUGGGUUUUUAACCUGCAUUUAUUUAUGCUCUUUGUAGAUAGUUAAAAAAAUGACUUUGGCUCUGUGUUGGUGGCCAUUUAUAAUAAAACAUAUCAAAUGCUCUUUAGAAUUACUGCUUCUCUAUAGAAGGAUUUUAUUUUAUCCUUCCUUUCCAGUGAAGUUUACUUAAGAAACCAUGAAUGAAGCAACCACUUUAUCAGAAAAAGUCUGAAAAGAAAAAACCAUGUAAAGGUAGAGUAUAACCUAACUGCUGAUGAGCUGGAUCACCAAGAUCUGUUCAAAGUGUGCCUAGCCUGUUUCUACAACAUAUUGGAAACAGCUUGAAAGCAUGUUUUAAAUGCACAUCUUAGUAUGUAUCUGAAAGAUAUAUGAUCAAACUAGUAGUAGUCCCAGGCACUACUCACACAGAUUUAGUGCAUGUGGACAGAGAACAGGCAAGUUAUUUGUAAUGUGUCUGCCACUGUCUUUGGUUCUUAACUUUUUUUGAAUGAUCAUAGUUCUGAUGAGUAAAUUGUUCCAACAAACGCUCUGUAAAAAUGAACAAACUGUAGUUGUGUUUUGGAGAAAUGAUCAAAUUAGGCACAAUGAGAAAUGAGUCUGCAGUACGUAUGUGAUGUGCGCAUUUCCAUUCUUACAGCAGAAUAUUUUUCAUUGACUAGCAGAGCCAAGUUCCACUGCAGCUAUAUUACUGGCAGUAGCAGCUUUAUACAUUUAAUUUGUUCACAGUCCCAGGUCAUGAAUGAUUGCCCUGUGUGAUUUGAGUACUAAAGACAUGGUUAAGUGCUUGGCCAAUUUUGGUCUAGUAGCAAAUAAUUAUAAAAAACGAAAUUCUAGGCAGAAGAAGUUUUGUCAAUUCACUAAGGAGAAUUAACAUUUUUGCUACAGUUUAGCUUGUUCACAUCUACCCAAAAGCUAUUUGCACAGUUUCCAAAAUUCCUCCCACUUUAAAGAAACGAUCAUAAAGAUAUCUUGCCAGCUGGGGAGUAGAAGACUGUAAGUUGGUUUUAACUCCUGAUGGUUUGUAUAUAAGGACAUGAUAGAUAUGGUAUUAUCACAUAGUUACAGAAAACUACAGUGCACUUAAAUGCAUUAAGAGAAUGCCUGGUCUAUAAUAUAUAGCCUGGAUGAGAUUGUAUGAUUAAAUUUAAUAAUGUAUGAAAAGUAUGCCCCUGAUGUUUUUUUAGUGUUUCUAGUUAAAAGUAAUACGAUGUGUAUGAAUAUGAUGGUAAACGUAUUUAACGUGAAUGACAAAAGAGCAAUAUAUUAAGUCAGCAUAUUGUAUUUUAUACAGAUGGUGUGUCUUGGAUUUUCUUUUUUACAGUUUCCACACUGUAUCUAAAAUUCAGUACUCAGAUAGUUUAUUGGCAUCUUUAUCCUAUUUCUAAAGGCUAGAUCAAUUUUUUCUGUCAGAUUUUCAAAAUACUCCUAGCAGAGCCAUUACCUACUGUUUAGGUGAUUAUAUUUUUCCUUGUUAAAACUUUCAAAACCCACACGCUUUCAGCCUUUAAACACACUUUGUUAUCACAGAAUAAUCAAAUAGCCUGGUUUGAACCUUAUGAACAGGAACUGUCAGCCCCCAUUAUAUUCUAUGUAAACCUGUAAAAGAUUGUCAUUUAAAAUUUGUUCAUGAUUCAAAAAAGGCUUAAGAAAGGACAAAAAUCAGGCUGCAUCCUGUAAUUCCCUCAAAGAAAGUGCCUUCUUAUGUCCACAAGCACGUUACAGAGAGACUGUAAUAUAUAAUAAAUUUGAUUUGUUCUAAGAAAUCACACAAAGGUCAGAGUCAUGGUGACAGAGAACUACUGCUGUCAUCACAGUCUUAUUCCCAUUUCUAAAGCAUACAAUGGUGAUGGGGUGAUACUGUGAUACUGUGAAGCAAGUGUAGUACUUUGCCUUUGGACAGGGAAUAGGCUACAGUAAUCAAGAUAAUAUUAAAUAAUAAUACUUUUUACAUAAUAAUACAGAUUUACAAUACAAAACAGUGUUUGUAGUAAGAAGUAAAAUGCAUGUUUGAACUAGAAUACACAAACUCAUCAUGCAACUCUGUAGCCGAAUACCACAUUCAUCUUUCCUGUCAUCCCUACAAGUUAGUUUCAGCUAAUAAUGAGCUACAGUCUCAUGCUUUAUCCUAAUGCCAGUAAAAUGUGAAAAAGCAAAAAAAAACCCCACCCUAUAGUCAUCUUUAACAUGCAUGGGUCUAUGAAUAAAGACUAUACAGGAAGCAUUUAUUGUUACUGAUAAUAAGUUCACAUAAUGUUAUAAAGUUAAUCCCAUAAACCUGGGCUUUUUAAUCAUACCUACUAGAUAGGUCAUUUUACCUGACAUCACAUUUUGGAAUAGAUACGUUAUAUACAUCAAGACUCUGUGAUCUUGAACGGUUAACUUUACACAGUAACCUGCAAGACAAUGUACAGACUUCAGUCAACUUUUUCUCACUGGAUUUGUAAAAUGUUAGCUCACUAAACACAGAGUUUGAUAUUUCAACUGCAUCGGAGUUGGUUUUGACUUAUGUCUGUCUCUACUGAUUGUGCUGUUAAAUUCAUUUGCAACUGCUUUUUUUUUUUUUUUUUUUUUUUUUUUUUUCUGUUGUUGUUGUUGGCUUGUAUUUACAUGAGUGGGAAUUCGGAUGUAGUUUUUAGUACGCCCAGCAGUGCCAUCUACAGAGAUCACAGUGGAAAGCACUGUGCAGGCCUCAGCACUCUGUACAUCAGGAAAUACCCGGAGAGCCGAUGCUGCGCCGCACCAUCUUUCUGCGAGGAUAUGAUGGUGAAGAGAGCAGGUGGUCCUGGGGCAUUUAAUACAAAUUGUAACAAAAUUAAAAUAUGCCUUUGUGAAUUUAGAGCUGGAAAUGUGUAUGUUUUGUUAGCAUAAUGUCAAUGUCAAGAUUAUUAUGGUCGUACGUGACAUCACAACGACCACCUGGGCAUCAGUUCGGCCGUUUCUCUGGUGCCGCGGAGCCGGGGUGCCGGUGCCCGGGAAAUCCCGUGACCCCGCGCCCGUUCCGCGCCCUUCCUGCUGCAAGAGAUUGGCAGUGCUGGGGAACGAGCGCGGCCGCUGCGCCACAGAGCCCCGCGGGCCGCCAGAGGCCACCAAAGCCCGAACAGCGGCCGCAGCAGCGUACGCACACGAGCCUGAACCUGCGACCGUUGUUGCUGAGUUGAUUUUGCUGAUCGUUUGAUGAACAGCACGCUCAGGAAAUCUACUAUGACUUAAGCCCUGAAAACCACCAGAGAACAGAGACUGGAAGAAAUAAAGUUCUGGAAGCAAGAGUUAGAUAACAAACUUGAACAACUUGUUAAUGAGACAGAGGUACUGUUA